AUGUCAGUUACAUAUUUGACAUCGGAUGUGCCAUUCGUAAACAGCGAACAGCUGCAAAGUAUCAAAAUGGCGUUCACGAUGACCGAAGGUGGGUUCGGGGUGGGUGACUACGUGGUGUUCGGGGUUCUCUGCGCCCUCUCCUGUGCUGGUGGGAUCUGGUACAGCGCAGUGGGCUCGCGAACGAAAGCAGUUAGAGAUCUGAAGGACUAUUUACUGGGUGGAAAGUCGAUGUCCACGUUUCCAGUUGCUAUGUCGCUAAUAGCCAGUUACGUCUCUGGAGUGACGAUACUCGGUACACCAGCGGAGAUAUACAACUACGGGACCCAGUACUGGCUUGUCAUAGUCGGUGUUGCUUUAAGUUGUCUCAUAGUCGCCACUGUAUAUCUGCCUGUGUUCUGUACUUUGAGGCUGUCAUCGUCGUAUGAAUAUCUACAGCUCCGGUUCAAUCGGCAUGUACGGGCUGUUGCUUCGUUUCUCUUCUUAUUAGAUGAAGUACUCUUUUUACCAAUGGUGAUCUAUGUUCCUGCAUUAGCGUUUAAUCAAUUGACCGGGUUCAACGUGUUCGCCGUGGGUGGAGUUAUGGUGUUAAUAUGUGGUCUAUAUACGGCGUUAGGUGGUCUCCGAGCGGUGGUCUGGACUGAUUCCUGGCAAACCGGUGUAAUGUUCAUUGGAGUGCUUCUAGUGGCCGUAGCUGGUACCCUCGCUGCUGGUGGGGUCACCAACGUCUUCAAUACAGCCGCCGAGUCUGGGAGACUGGAACUGUCCAACUGGAGUUUUGUCCCCUACGAGCGUCAGACAGGGUGGGGCGCGGUGGUGGGAGGGUUCUUGUACUGGACUUGCUUUAAUUCCGUUAAUCAGACAAUGGUGCAGCGAUACAUCGCCCUACCCACCAAGCGGAAAGCUGUAACGGCAUUAGGUAUUUUCUGCAUUGGUGCUAUGUUAGCCAUAUCACUGUGUGUGUGGUGUGGGCUCGCUGCGUGGACAGCAUGGGUCCAAGGUGGUUGUGACCCGCGUGGGGCACCGCUGGUCGACGACAGGCUUCUACCGGCCUUCGUCACUUAUGUGUCCAAGGUGCAGAGGCUGCCUGGUCUAGCUGGGGUCUUCUUGGCUGGUGUUUUUGGAGCUGGUUUGAGCUCGCUAUCAGCAGUGCUAAACGCAUGCGCCCUGGUGGUGUUAGAGGAUCUGAUGCACGGCUGGAUGAAGGUGCGUUUUCGGCCGAUGGUGGAAGGCAUCCUCGCUCGCUCCGUUACGGCUGCUCUCGCUGUAUCAUCACUAUUGAUGCUCAUCGUCAUUGAGAAGCUAGGAGGAGUACUGGGAGUGGCAACAGCGUUAUCAGCUAUUGCAGCAAGUGCCACUUGUGGGAUCUUCACAUUAGGAAUGGGCUGUUGGUGGGUGGGACCACGUGGGGCUAUUGCUGGUGGUAUCGCUGGAGCUGUAGUUGCCGGUACUAUAUCGAUGGGCACGCAGGCGGCCGCCGCGGCAGGAUUGAGGUCUCCGCCGCUGAAUUUCACGACAGAAUGCGUCAACAAUGCCAGCUUCGUCUUCGAGAACAGUGCCGUUGAUCCAGAAUCCUUGUUCCCGCUUUUCCGUUUAUCCUACCACUGGAUAGCACCACUCGGUCUCUUCGCGACCAUAACUGUAGGAGCCAUAGUGGGGUAUAUCUUCGAUAAGAAGGACGAUAGCAAGAUGGACGCGGAACUGUACUUUCCAUUAGUAUGGAGGUGGCUGCCAAGCGAGGCUAUCGAGCGAGCUGGUGAGAUCAGACGGAUGCUGGCCACCAAAGAGGUGGAUACGCCGGCACCAUCAUCGCCUUUAAUAUUGGGCAGGCUGAACGACAUAGUACAAAAAGGCGGAGAGACGAGUAGAUGA